AUGACAGACGCUCCCCCGAAGCCUCGCCAGCCGCCAGCAAGCGCAUCGUUCUCCCUGUCAACCUGCUAUCGAGAGGUGAUCCACAGCCAGCUGCAACUGGCCUCAUUUGUUAGUGUUCGCAAGCGUGAGCCGGAAGCUCUUUACCCUGAGAAAAGCGAGAACGGGUUCCUGAAAUCAGGGGCCCUGUCAUCAAGCCUGAGGUCUAAAUGCGCCACCUCCGGCUGGUGA